GACUAAGUGCAGGUGACAUUACUUCUUGUUCAGCGACACAAUAUAACAUAACAUCUCUCAUUGCAGUGCUUCUGUAUCCGUCUUAAUAAAAAUUAAACCGUUUUUCCUCAUUUUCUAAUUCCUUCACGUCCAUAAACUUACAAUAAUUAAGCCAACAUGAAUAAAAAUCAAACAGCAAAAGCAAUUUUAACACCAAUGUGUCCCGAAGAUGCAAAAACAAGAAAUAUUAAGAUAACAGUGGUUGGAUGUGGACAAGUUGGGAUGGCCUGUGUUUUUUCUAUUGUCUCACAGCCAAUUUGUUCUGAGCUUUGUAUAAUUGAUAUGAACGACAAACGAGCCCUAGGAGAAGCUAUGGAUUUAUCUGGUGGAAGUCCAUUUACUCGGGGAUUUCCUAGAAUUGUAUCAUCGUCAGAUUAUUGUACGUCUGCGGGAUCCACAAUUGUUGUAGUAACAGCUGGAGCACGACAAAAAGAAGGCGAAAGUCGUUUAAGUUUGAUACAACGUAAUGUUGAAAUAUAUAAAUGUAUUAUUCCACAAUUAGCAAAAGCAAGUCCAGAAUGUAUUUUUGUAAUUGUUAGUAAUCCGUGUGAUAUACUUGCGUAUGUAACAAUGAAAUUGACAGGGUUUCCAUCUAAUCGUGUUAUUGGAUCGGGUUGUAAUCUAGAUUCAGCGCGUUUUCGUCACUUAAUUGCACAAAAAUUAAGAGUUGCACCAACAAGUGUAAAUGCAUGGAUUAUUGGUGAAAAUGGUGAUUCAAGUGUCGCUGUUUGGUCUGGUGUAAAUGUAUCUGGUGUACGCUUAUGUGAUAUAAAUCCAUCAAUUGGUACAAGUGAAGAUCCAGAAAAAUGGAAUGAAAUACAUGAAAAAGUUAUAAAUAGUGCAUACGAAAUAAUAUCUCUAAAAGGAUAUUCAAAUUGGGGAAUUGGAUUCAGUGUUGCUCACAUAUGUUCUGUAAUUGUAUCUGAUGCUCGUGAAAUUGUUCCAGUUUCUACUUACAUAAAGGGAUGCAAACAUGGAGUUGACAAGGAUGUAUAUUUAAGUUUGCCAGUUGUACUUGGAUCAAAUGGUGUCUUAUAUAUUGUGAAACAAGCUUUAUCUCAAGCUGAAAAGAAAGCGUUACAAGAUUGUGCGAAUAACUUGUAUGAGUUGCAACGAGACAUUAAAUUGGAUCUUUAA